AUGACGAGUAAUACAUUAAAGUGUAACAAUUGUCAUCUCGUUGUUAAUGAGCUUUUAGCUUAUAUUCAAAAUAAAGUUUCAAUAGCGGAUGAAGUGAGUUUGGUGAAAAUAUGUACGUCAGCUUUUUCUAGUGAACAAAUUGAAAAAGCCAAUAGCUUACUCCUGGAAUCGUUACCAUCGGAUUUACGUAAAACUGUUCGCAAAGGAAGAGGCAAGGAAAAUCGCUCACUGCACGACAUCAUAAAUGUGUUUAAAGUAACAGAUCCUGAUAUAUUACGUGUGUUCGUGGCUAGAGAUUUGGAAAAACUACCACCUAUAACAUUUGACCACCUAGAUGUCUCCAAGCUGCUUAAAGAUCUGAUGAUAGUACAGGCCGAAAUCAAAAGUAUUAAGUCAACAUAUGCUACUGUUGAGCAACUUGAAUGUGUUAGGAGGGAAUGUCUUAUAGGCAAAUUACCUUCGCCGCCUUUUUCAACUAUGGCAGUAAACACAAAAAGAGGAGCUUACCGUGAUAGUGGACCGAUAGGAUUGUCUCAAUUAGACGACACUAUCAUUACAACGCAUUUAGAUCAGUCUAACGGCGAGGCAUUAUCGCCGGGAGAAUAUAAUAUAAAAUAUAGAAAUAUUAAUAUGAGUACUACAAUGGAGGGUAGAAAUACAGCGAUUCAAAGUAUUGUUCAUCAACAGUCGACAGACGCGGACGAUUGUAUCAUCCGAGGCGGCCGAGGCAUGAAAGCGAUUAGUACUGUAAAUGAGUCAUCGCGAGUAUCGAGCGAAUCGAACGAUCAGCCGGGUGGGUCAGCGCAAAUUAAAUCUUAUGCUGCGGCUGCUAAGGUUCAUGAUCCAAGUGAAGGCUGGACAGUUGUACAGAAGAGAUCGCAUAAAUUGAAAAACCGCCUCAUUGGCAAAAUGGGAAAUGUUGUGGUUGAAUCGGAAGAAAAAUUCAGGGCGGCUGAUAGAAAAAUACCUCUAUUUAUAACAAACGUUCAUAAAGAUACGGCAAAAUCGGAUAUAAUUAACUAUAUUAAGAACAAAACUAAGGAGAGUGUUACAUUAGAGAAAAUUUCAAUUAAGCGUCAAUGUGAAUACGACGCCUACAAGCUUUUUGUUUCACAAAGUAAGCUUUCGUUGUAUCUUAAUGAGAAUAUUUGGCCACAGGGAAUUAUUUUUCGGCGGUUUGUGCACUUUAAGCUUAAACGCAAAGACGAAACACCUGUUGCAGAGGUGGCGUUGAAUGACCUGCCUAUUGUUAAUGGAUAA